AUGGCGCGCGCGAAGGGGCCCGAGCGGCGGGUCCUGGCCGUCUACACCGGCGGUACCAUCGGCAUGCGGAGCGAGCGUGGCGUGCUCGUCCCUGGGACGGGCCUGGCUGCUGUGCUGAGGACGCUGCCCAUGUUCCAUGAUGAGGAGCACGCCCGGGCCCGGGGUCUCCCUGAGGACACCCUGGUGCUGCCACCUGCCAGCCCCGGCCAGAGGGUCGUCUACACAGUGCUGGAGUGCCAGCCCCUCUUUGACUCCAGUGACAUGACCAUCGCUGAGUGGGUUCAGAUUGCCCAGACCAUCGAGAGACACUAUGCGCAGUAUGACGGCUUUGUGGUCAUCCACGGCACUGACACUAUGGCCUUCGCCGCCUCUGUGCUCUCCUUCGUGCUGGAAAACCUGCAGAAAACCAUCAUCUUCACUGGUGCCCAGGUGCCCAUCCACGCCCUUUGGAACGAUGGCCGUGAGAACCUUCUGGGUGCCCUGCUCCUGGCCGGCCAGUACGUGAUCCCCGAGGUCUGCCUGUUCUUCCAGAAUCAGCUGUUUCGGGGCAACCGAGUGACCAAGGUGGACACACGCAGGUUCGCAGCCUUCUGCUCCCCCAACCUGCCCCCUCUGGCCAUCGUGGGUGCUGACGUCACGAUCAACUGGGAGCUGGUGCGCAGGGCCGGCGGGAAGGGCCGGCUGAUGGUCCACAGCAGCGUGGAGCGCGACGUGGGCCUGCUGCGCUUGUACCCUGGGAUCCCCGCCCCUCUGGUCAGGGCCUUCCUGCAGCCCCCCCUGAAGGGCGUGGUCUUGGAGACCUUCGGCUCAGGGAAUGGGCCCACCAAGCCUGACCUGCUUCAGGAGCUGCGGGCGGCGGCUGAGAGAGGCCUGGUCAUCGUCAACUGCACCCAUUGCCUUCAGGGUGCCGUCACCUCGGACUACGGCGCUGGCGUGGCCAUGGCAGGGGCUGGCACCGUCUCAGGCUUCGACAUGACCUCAGAGGCGGCCUUGGCCAAGCUGUCCUAUGUUCUGGGCCUGCCGGGGCUGGGCCUGAGCCGCAGGAAGGAGCUGUUGGUCAGGGACCUUCGGGGGGAGAUGACACCGCCUGCAGUGGACGAGCUCUGGUCCUCUGUGCAGGGCAAUGCACUGAGCCACGGGGUUGCCCAGCUCCUCAGUCUGAGCCAGGAGGCCGAUGCUGUGCGGGACGCGCUGGCGCCCAGCCUGGCCUGUGCUGCGGCCCAUGCUGGGGACCUGGAGGCCCUGCAGGUGCUUGCAGAGCUGGGAGGUGACCUGAGCCUGGAGGACUUCAGCGGUCGAACUCCGCUGCACGCGGCCGCCCGGGGGGGCCAGGCUGGGAUGGUGACCGCGCUGCUGCAGAGCGGGGUGGACGUGAACGCACGAGACCAGGACGGCCUCAGCCCGUUGCUACUGGCCGUGAGGGGCAGGCAUCAGGAUGUCAUUGGGCUGCUGCGGGCAGCUGGGGCCUGCCUGUCAACCCAGGACCUGGAGGACUCGGGGACGGAGUUGUGCAGGCUGGCAUCCAGGGCCGACCUAGAAGGCCUGCGGGCGUGGUGGCAGGCGGGGGCCGACCUGAGGCAGCCGGGGUAUGACGGGCGCAGCGCCCAGCUCAUCGCAGAGGCAGUUGGGAACCUGGACGUGGUGACCUUUCUGCAGAGCCUCCAGCAUGGGGCUGGUGUCGGGGCCCUGGGCCCGGCUGCUUCGUAGCGCACCCAACACAGCACCGGAGGCCCCAGCCAUUGCCAAGAAGCUCAUGAAGCCUUCAGGGGACCUGCCCACCCUGC